CCGCCCCCGCCGCGACCCCCGACACCCUUCAUGCGCUUCCCCUGCCCCGGGCGCGCCGGGCCUGGAACAGGACUGCCACUGUUGAGUCUGUGGGAAUAUGAAUCAGCAGCAGCAGAGAAUGGCUGCAGUUGGGACAGACAAAGAGCUCAGUGACCUGCUGGACUUCAGUAUGAUGUUUCCCUUGCCAGUGGCUAAUGGAAAAAACAGACCCACGACCCUUGCGAGCACUCAGUUUGGAGGAUCAGGCUUGGAUGAAAGACCAGGAUCAGGUUCCUGGGGAACGGCAGAUCAAAACAGCUCCACGUUUGACCAGGGAAGGAGCUAUGGUGAAGGGCCCCACUACGGUGAGCACCGGGACCUGCCAUCCCACAACAGCAUCUCCUCGUCACCAUUCCUGGGAGCUGGACUCGUGGGGAAGAGCAGUGAAAGAGCCUCAUACUCCACAUUUGGAAGAGACACAGGGAUGCCAGGACUAAGCCAGCCUGGUUUCCUGCCCGGCGAGAUGGGAAUCGCCAGCCCGAGCACGCUGUCCCCCACCGGGGGCAAAGGGGGGUCUCAGUAUUUUUCUUAUCCCAACAAUCCUCGAAGGAGAGGUGCUGAGAGCAGCAUAGAUGGACAGCCCAAAAAGGUUCGGAAGGUGCCUCCUGGACUCCCCUCCUCGGUGUAUCCAUCCAACUCAGGUGAUGACUACAGCAGGGAUCCAGCUGGAUAUACGCCCUCGAAACCUCCCAGCACUGUGUAUCCUGGAGCCUUUUAUAUGACAGACGGACUCCAUAACUCAGCAGACCUGUGGAGUUCCCCAGGUGCCAUGAGCCAGUCGAGUUACGGUGCCAUGCUGGGCAGCUCCUCGUCCCCGCUCCCGCAGUCCAGUGGCUUCAACAGUUUACAUCAGCAUGAACGCAUGAACUACCAGCUGCACACAGGAGAGGUGAACGGCGGGCUCCCCUCUGUGUCCGGCUUCUCCUCAGCCUCCACAGCGUACGGAGUGUCCAGUCACACCCCCCCGAUCAGCGGCACCGACAGCAUCAUGGGUAACAGAGGAACCACAGCUGGGAGCUCUGGAGAUGCACUUGGGAAGGCUCUGGCCUCGAUUUACUCCCCCGACCACUCUAGCAAUAACUUCUCCUCCAACCCCUCCACCCCGGUCGGGUCCCCACAGGGCCUUGCAGGCUCGUCGCAGUGGCCGCGGGCGGGUGGAGCGGGUGCCUUAUCUCCCAGCUAUGAAGGGAGCCUCCACACUUUGCAAAACAAAAUGGAAGACAGGUUGGAUGAAGCCAUCCACGUGCUGAGGAACCAUGCCGUGGGCCAGACCUCUGCCAUGCCCAGCAGCCACGGGGACAUGCACGGGCUGCUGGGCUCUGCACCACCACACAGUGCUGCCGUGGGCAGCCUGGGCCAGGCCUUCCCUGCCUCAGUCAUGGCCCUGGGCAACAGGCACCCGAGUCUGGUGGGAGGAGGCCACCCUGAAGAUGGGUUGUCCAGCAAUCCCAGCUUGCUCCACAACCAUGUCACACUUCCAUCACAGCCCAGCUCGCUCCCAGACCUCAGCAGGCAGCAGGACACGUACAGUGGCUUGUCCGGGGGGCUGGGGCGGAGCAGCGUCUCCUCAGGAACGAGUGAAAUAAAGAGGGAAGAGAAGGAGGAUGAAGAGAACACGUCAGUGGCAGAUAACUCAGAAGAGGACAAGAAGGAGCUGAAACCUUCCCGGACCAGAACAAGCAGUACAGACGAGGCCUUGUCACUGGAGGACAAAGAUCUGAGGGACCGGGAGAGGAGAAUGGCCAAUAACGCCAGGGAGAGGGUGCGUGUGCGGGACAUUAACGAGGCCUUUAAGGAACUGGGACGCAUGUGCCAGAUGCACUUAAAAACGGACAAAGCACAGACCAAACUGAUCAUCCUACAGCAAGCGGUGCAGGUCAUUCUGGGCCUGGAGCAGCAAGUACGAGAGCGCAAUCUGAACCCAAAAGCUGCCUGCUUGAAGCGUCGGGAAGAGGAGAAAGUGUCCGGAGUGGUAGGAGACCCCCAGAUGACACUGUCAGCUUCACAUCCUGGUCUAGGAGAUGGUCACAAUCCUGUUGGACACAUGUAAAGAUCUUUUUGUUCCUCUGGAUAUGGAGAUCUGUAGGAAGAAAACCCUCGGUGUGACCUGCAACCCUGUUGAACCACAAACUGUAGUACUGCUCAUACUGACACAUACAGACGGAUCCUGACGUGACGUAAGGGGUGGAAAAAACACUUUGUCAGAAACAAAACGGAAACAAAAAAUUGCCUUAAGUAUAAAGUGCAGAACAGUCAAUACAUAUCACUCAGUUAGGAGGGGGUGGCGUGUUCUCUUGGCUUGUUCACAAGCAGCCAGCAGCAAAAUUGUGCCUAAGCUUGAUAUUUCUUUUUUAAAAAAAAAGAACAUUAGUUAUGAGAUUUUUUAUGUAGAACAAAUAGCAAUGCCUUUUGGUUUUUUUUAGCUUCUUUUGCAUAUGUUUUGUAAGCAACGAAAAAAAUUUUUUUUGUAUAAAAACAUGUCUUGUACCCUCCGCUUUUCUGCUGCUGUUUCUAUAGUUAACGUUGCAUCUUUAGGAUCAACCAGAAUAUUAAAAUUGUAUUAAGAGAGACUGGAUAUAAAGAGAGGAAUUCUCAGAUUCGGCUCAGAAAGCCACUAAAAGCGAAUGUAGCCACAGUGAGGGAAUGUUCUUCCUUGCCUGGCUUGUACCUUCCAUGACAAAAAACAAACAAACUCAUGUGCUGAAUUCACCGUCUCUUUGCUUCGGCCACUUCUGAUUUGGGAAAAGGAAGUUGAACAGCAAAGCGAGUGGCAGCAGCGCUCCCGCUCCCCCCGGCGGUGGCCGGGGUGACUCACCAGGUUUGCUUUGUUCCCGGAGAUCCCGAGGGGAGGACGAGCUGCUGAAAGGGAGCAGCCCCGGUUGGAGGAGAACCAAGGGACUGAGGCGCUUCCAGGUGAGCAGAGCAGCGAGGGAUGCACGAGGGGAGCGCCUCUUGCCACCUGCCAGAGCUGCUGGAGGCACUUCCAGGAGCAGCACUGAACAAAGACCAACUGAACAAAGCUGGAGCAGUGGGAAGAGGUGGAGGCAGCUGGAGCAGAGCAGCAGCAGUGGGACACAGGGCCAGCAGCAGACCUGAGGAUGCUGGAGCACGAAAGGAGCAGUGGCCUGGCUCACUCCAGCCUUGGCAAAGCCAUGACCACCAGCAGGAUCCCUUCUUGCAGUGGAGCCCCCACCAUUGGAAAUGCAGAAUGCUGGCUCGGGCAGAGGGGUGGCUUCACACCCUGCUGUCACCUGCUGUCACAUCUCCUGGGCAUCCUUGGAGGCAGACUGAACUCAGCACUGUGCCAAGGGCUUUGAGUGGGCACUGUCACCUGCACGUGGGCUCCUCUCUUGGCACUGGGAAGGAGGGCAGCAGGAGCACCUGUCCUGCACCAUGAGCUCCAGCAGCCAACCUGGGCCAUCCAUGCCUUCAGUCCAAGAGAUUCCCAGUCACUCCAGACCACUCUGGUGUGUGGAGCAAACAAAGAGGUGCUGGGCAGUGCUGAGCUGCAGCAGCUGGUCUGGAGAUGGCCAUGGAAAAACAUCCACCAGGAAUUUACUCUUUGUUUCUUCCCUCUCCUUCCCCUUCUGAAACAUUUUGUGCCUGGUUCUUCCCAGCUCUGCCGAGCCCAGUCAGGCAGGAUGGUGCAUGGGACGUGGGUGCUGGUCUGGGGGAUGUGGCAACUCCUCUCUCCCCUGCUGUCCAUCUCUCCCCUGUGCUGCUCCGGCCUGGGCUCCUGGGGAAGCUCUGUUGCUCUGGCACGGGGAAAGGGAGGGACUGGCAAACAGGAUUAGGUCCUGUGGCACUUCCCAGCACCCCUGGUGCUCCUCCAUGCUCGUGGCUGUGCUCUGUGCUUUGGCAAACUCUGCUGGAAGUGCUCAGGGCAGUGCUUAUCUCCCACCCACACCUGGGCACUGUGGCCCCAGUCCCUGUGGCAGCUCCAAGCUGAGCCACUCCAAGUUCCAGGGCAGAUUGGGACUGUCCCUGCUGUCCCUGGCCCUACCCUGGGGCUCCCCAGCAUCCAGCCAUCACUGAAGCUUUUGGAUGCUCCUGGCUUUCCCCAGCUUGCUGUUCCCACCAUUCCUUCUGCAUGGUGAGACCUCAGCAGCCCCAGCUCUGUCCCUGGGAAGGCCAGGAAAGCUCAGUGGUUCCAGUAACCCAGGUUCUUCUUGCCUGUGUCAACAGACACAUUUUAGCCUAAUCAGAUUGUUAGGUUACAACACUUCCCUCCCUUGGGUUCUUCUGGCUGCUGAAGCAGUGGGCAGGGAAAUGGAUGAGGUUUUCCUCCAUGUGUGACAGCCUUGACUCCCAUUCAUGCUCUGGAGUGCAAACUGGAAUGCUCAGCAGCUGCUUUUUGUUUCAUCCAUGAGAGUUCCUGCUCCAUUGGUGGGUCAGUGCUGGGGCUGCAAAGUACCCACUGCUCAGGGAUUUUGGCUGGCUCAGUGCCCCUGUCCCAGGGCCAGGAGGGAUGGAGCAGUGUCCCAGCCCUGGAAAGCUUGAAACGCUACAAAAAAUAUUUAAAAGUGGUUCACAAACCAUUGGUUUUGCCCCAGGAAUCAGAGGUGGCAGUCAUGGACAACUGGACUUAAAGGGACUAGUCAAGAAAAAUCCAUAAAUUCAACAAAAUUGGAAAUCUGAGAAGAUUUAUGACUUGUUCACAAAUUUGCUGAACUUCUUCAUCCCCUCCGAGUUCUGCAGCCAGAGAGGAAUCCCGAUGAGCCAGAGCCUUUCUCACCAUCCCUGAAACCCCAGGCAUUGCAACAAAAAUGGGGCUUUUUAGCUGCAUUUAGGUGGUUUAAAAUGUUACUUUGACAGCAAAUCCAGCCAACUUCCUUUCAUGGCAAGGCUUGGGUGAAUAUCCUUGAGCAUAAGCCCUCAGAGCCAGAGUUUGGAGAGAUCAUUUCAAAAGCACAAUGUAGGGGGUGGCAGUGCUCUCCCUGGAGCUGCCUCGAUGGCACAGGGUGACAGCUUUGUGUGCCAGCCCAAUGUGGCCUCAGUGGCAUCUCUGCUUUCCAGGUGCACAGGGAACUAUUGGGAAGAGCAGCAAGAAAAAAUUCCUUUGUCUUGCUUAGUGUGAACAUGGUGCCUGUAACAUGCCAGGAGAAGUGGCUUUUCUAAAAACAACCACUGCCAGGUGCUGUCCCCAAAACACCACCAGCCCAGCCCUGAAAUGUCACCCUGUAGCAAUGAAACUCUUGUCUUUAGGUGUUGUGGUCAGCGAGGGCCAGCUCUGCACCCUCCCCAGUCCACAGCUCUGCUCCAUUCCACUUGGGAUCUUACAAAUCCCAGACCUGCUCCUCUGCCUGUGUGUGUCCCCAUAGCAGUGAUGCUGCCAGGAGAAGUGUCACAGUGUCAUGUGACAUGCUGUACAGUGCCAUUUAUUCCAUUUCCUUCUUCCUUUCUCAGCCUUUGCUUGCAUGGCUGCUCCUGGGGCCACUGAGCCCCCCCAAAGCUUCCUUUAUCAGACAGGGGGGCUGCCUUCCCUUCUGUGCAGUUUCUAGUUCCUCUUUCCCCAGGCUGCAUCCCAGUGAAGCAGCAUAACUGGGACACUGCCAUGGGACAUUUCUUGUGUCCCCAGCCCAGGGGCCUCUGUUGCCCCACUCAGCCAGCCCCUGCCUCCCUGCACACAAGCUGUGCAUGCCACAGUACUGGGGAGUGUCUGGGAUCCUGUCUAUGAACAGUAAAAUUGCAGAUUUUUGUUUUCUUCCUUUUCACCUGCUUUUCCCCAGAGCAAAGCAGCUGCAGCCUCCCAUGGGUAGGUGCUCAGGCAGUGGUGGCAGUUCCUGCUCACAGCCCCAGGGAGCAGAAUUCCAGCUGUUUGGCAUGCCCAUGACCCCCUGUCAGAUCUCACAGCCCCAGCCAGCAUCUCUGCUCCCCUGCUGUCACAGCUAUCCCACAGAGGUGUGUUGGCAGGAAGGAUGGAAUCAAGCUGUGGUUUCCUCAGGAGGCUGUAGUUCCAGAGUCAGUACAGAAACUGCUCUCCAAGGUCCUUUGUGUCUCACCAGUGCCCCCACUGAAGCCAGCAGAGCCUUUGGGCCCUUGCUGGGUGGUUCCAGUUGUGGGGGCUCAAGAAACAGAAGGCUUUGGAAGCCCCCAAUCCCCUGCACCCUUGAGCUUUGCUGCCAACUUUGGGGCCUGUGGAACACAAGUUCCUCUUGCAGGCCCUGCUGUGCUGUAGUGGGGAGCCUGGGCCAGCUCCAGUUCCAUCCCUGGGCUUUGGGAGAUGGAGCAAAGCUGGGGAUGGAGCUGGGCCAGAACAAGCCCUCAGCCCCCACCUGCAGUGCUGGCUAACCCAGAGCAAGCCCUGGCCACUGGACUCUCCCAUUCCUGCCCAACACCAGCAAUAGCAAGGCCUGUUUUCUGUACCCCGAGCUUGCACAAGGUCUUUGCCCUGUUAAAAAUCCUAUGCAAAUCUUAUCCCUCUCCCCUCUCCCAGGGCUCUGCAGAUCCCAGCCCAGCCCCUUCUCUCU